CCAUUGUUAGCCCUAAUCUGUCAAUCUACUCUCCUCGACUCCGUAAACCUUCCACUCCCACACUAUGCAGAUCUUCGUGAAAACGCUUACCGGGAAGACCAUAACUCUCGAGGUCGAGAGUUCUGAUACCAUCGAUAAUGUCAAGGCAAAGAUUCAGGACAAGGAAGGAAUACCGCCUGACCAGCAGCGUCUCAUCUUCGCCGGUAAGCAGCUGGAGGAUGGUCGAACACUUGCCGACUACAACAUCCAGAAGGAAUCUACGCUCCAUCUUGUCUUAAGGCUCCGUGGUGGUGCUAAGAAGCGCAAGAAGAAGACCUACACCAAACCUAAGAAGAUCAAGCACAAGAAGAAGAAGGUCAAGCUCUCUGUUCUUCAGUUUUACAAGGUCGACGAUUCAGGAAAGGUUCAGAGGCUCAGGAAGGAGUGCCCUAACGCUGAAUGCGGAGCGGGUACAUUUAUGGCCAAUCAUUUUGAUCGUCAUUACUGUGGCAAGUGCGGUUUGACAUACGUGUAUCAGAAGCCCGGCGGUGAUUAGGUCUUUUUUUUUAUAUUUACAUUUUGAUAGAGAUUUUUUUUAUUUAUGAUGAUCAUCAUUUUGGGAUAAUAUUAAUUGUUAGGAUUACAAAUGGUCAAAUGGGUCCAUUUUCAUGAACUGUUUUACAUUUGGAAACAAUCAAAUCAAUGCUCAAUUUUGGUUAAAUAUUUUUUAAGCAUCUUUCA